AGUUAUUAUCAAUUUCAUUAUGUCAACGCUGACACAAAUAAACCGCAAAGAAGUAACAGUAAUCAAAGCCCAUUAAAUAGCACUGUAAGAAGAGGAAUCAGCGAGAGAGGGAGAGAGAGAUGGCUGCUUCUCCACGUUCUUCCAAACCUCACAUAGUUCUCUUUCCAUUCAUGUCCAAAGGCCACACCAUCCCACUUCUCCAUCUCGCCCGGCUCCUCCUCCAUCGCAACACCACCGUCACCAUUUUCACCACCCCAGGAAACCAGCCCUUCAUAUCUGACUCGCUCUCCGACACAGAUGCCUCCAUUGUCGAGCUUCCUUUCCCACAGAAUAUCGACGGUGUACCUGCCGGACUAGAGAGCACCGACAAGCUCCCUUCGAUGUCCCUCUUCGUCCCCUUCGCAAACGCUACAAAACUCAUGCAACCCAACUUCGAACGAUCACUCGAGACUCUCCCCAAUGUCAUUUGCAUCAUAUCCGACGGAUUCCUCGGGUGGACCCAGCAAUCCGCGGCUGAAUUCGGAAUCCCGCGGCUUGUCUUUUACGGAUGGAACAACUAUUCACAGAGCAUAUGCAGAUCCAUUAUGGUGAACAGUCUUCUUUCUGGACCCGAGUUAGACGAUGAGCUGAUUGUCGUGACCAACUUCCCAUGGAUUAAGCUCACCAGGAACGACUUUGAUGAACCCUUCAAUUCACGUGAACCGAAGGGCCCUCACAUGGACUUCAUCAUAGAGCAAGCCAUCGCGACGGCGAAAAGCUACGGUCAAGUUAUGAAUAGCUUCUAUGAGCUCGAGGCGUUAUAUGUGGAGUAUUGGAACCGUGCGUGGAAACCCAAGGUGUGGAGUAUCGGGCCCUUUUGCUUAGCAGAAUCGGCAAAAUCCGAUCCUCAGUACCAUCGGAAGCCCACUUGGUUACAAUGGCUCGACAAACAGCUAGCCCAAGGGAGUUCGGUUCUCUAUGUUGCAUUUGGGUCUCAAGCAGAGAUAUCUUCUCAACAGUUGCGGGAAAUAGUGGUUGGUUUGGAGGCAUCAAAAGUGAAUUUCUUGUGGGUGACGAGGAAGAGUGAAUCGGAACUUGACGAUGGGUUUGAAGAGAGAGUGAAGGAAAGAGGGCUGGUGGUGAGAGAAUGGGUUGACCAGAGGGCGAUCCUCGGACACGAAAGCGUAAGGGGGUUUUUGAGUCAUUGUGGCUGGAACUCUGUAUUGGAGAGCGUAUGUGCCAAAGUUCCGAUUUUGGCUUGGCCGAUGAUGGCGGAGCAGCACCUGAAUGCACAGAUGGUUGUGGAGGAGAUCAAGGUGGGCCUGAGAGUUGAAACAAGCAAUGGGUUGGUGAAAGGUUUUGUGAAGUCGGAGGGCUUGGAGAAGAUGGUGAGAGAGCUUAUGGAGGGUGAGACGGGGAAGGAGGCGAGGAAGAAGGUGAAGGACUUUGGAGAGGCGGCGAAGAAGGCUGUGGAGGAGGGAGGCUCAUCUUGGCAUACCUUGAACCGACUCAUUGACGAGUUACAAGCGCUUAGAAGUGAUGGUUAAAAGUUGUUUGCCCUAUUACCUUACUACUCCCUCCAUCCCAUUUUAUUUGUCCUUUUUUGAUAUUUGUGUCAAUUUUUAAUCGUUUAUAUCUUCUAAUAUGAAUUUUAAAAAAUAUGAAAUAUAAAUUUUAUUUGAUAGUUUUCGAUUA